AUGCAAGAAAUUCCAAAGUAAUCCUAAACAAAGGCUGAUCAUCAUCUCAGGCAUUUAGUGUAGAUAUUUUAGAGUCAUCAGGGAAUCAAGAAAUUAAAUUAAUUGGGCGGGAUAUUUUGUUCCACUGAGUAUUAUGAAAAAAUACAUUAUGUGGAAUUUGAAGAAGGAGAAGAAAUCAUACGAACUGGAGAGGUUGGCCAUUUGUUUUAUUUACUCAUCGAAGGAGAGGUUAGCGUUAAGAAAACGUACUUUGGAACCGAAGCCUUACUUAAUUUGCCUUAUCUUUAGAGUGUAAAAAGUGUUACCAAAACAAAAUUUGGAACAAUAAGCAAAUACGAUUUCGAGAAUAUCAAAAGGAAAGCCAAGUUGAAGGACCCGAAUGAGCAGAUUGAAUUCUUCAGACAAUCUCAACUAUUUGGACAAUUGUCGAAGGGAAUGAUUGAAAAAUUGCUUAAAAACUGUUAAAUAGAAAUAUUCGAUAAAAAUCAAUUGGUCUAUUACGAGGGAGAACCAUCAUCAACAAUUUAUUUGGUGAGGGAUGGAAUAUUUCAAUUGCAGAAGAAAAUGGUUGUUGGGAAUAGAUGGAAGAAUAUCACCAUAAGUGAAAUUGGAAUCUAUCAACUAUUUGGUGAUUUGGAAUGCCUAUUGAAUAAAUCCAGAUAUUUCACUGUUAAAUGUUUAAAACAAGGUAGUUGUUACAAGAUCAGCAAUGAGGAUUUCUAUCAAAAAGUCAUAUCGGAUCAGCCAAGUUCAGAAGCCCAAAGAUACAUUAAUCAAUAUAUCAAGGCACAGUUGCUUAAUAGGACUGAACGAAUCGAAAAGGUUACUGAAACCUUGGCUCAGAAUAGUGAAUACCUGAUUGGAUUGCCUGAAAUCAAGACGUCUAGCAAUAAGGAAUUGAGUCAAAUUGAAAUGAGGGUUCUCGAUAAAACUCACUCCAGAUAUGCCUAAAUCUACAAUCAAGCUUGCUAGAAGAGAGUGAAGGUCAGGUAUGCUACUAUACACAAAACAGAAGUGGCUGUGCCUAGAGUGACCUCUAAAAACGAGUCUGUCCACAAGACCAUCGUAGUCUCAAUUGAGAAACCAGUCAAAUAGUACAUCUAUGAUGAAAUCAAAAUGCCUGACAUUGUUCAAAGAAGGUAUCGCGAUUUCCUGCCUAAACGAAAGAAAGACUUUUGGAUUAUCACUUAAAACAAUAAAUCUUCCAUACUUUGA